AUGCUAUGGGAAGAAAUAACUCAAGCGGUAAAUGCGGUCGGAACAGUCAAGCGAACAGUCACGGAGGUAAAAGACAAGUGGAAAAAUCUCCAUAGCAUCGCCAAGAAAGAAUUUGCAGAAUUCAAGAGGGAGACCAAGAUAACUGGAGGUGGUCGGCCUCCAAAGUCGCCGAGUGUUGCCAGCAAAGAGAUUAUUGAGGUGCUUGAGGACACGCCGGCGUUCAGCGGUUUGAUGGCUUUGAGACAGGUUUGUAAACAAUUCUCCAUUGUUUCCAGGUUACCAAAAAUUUUAAAAUUGUAGACAGUCAACCGGCCAUGUUGUUUCGGCGGGGUUUUCAGCUUAUCAAGCGCUUUCCCGUCUUUGAGCAUACGAAAUGUUCGGACACAAGGGAGGAAAAGAUAAGUUUGCAUGUUUUUUUUCCAAUAUCCGUAACUGUAUUAAUCAAGUUUUACCUUGUUUCGUUUAUUAUCCCGUCACAUUUCAUGAGUGUACUUCACUAAGCGAAGGCUGCUACGGAGAACUCCAAACCGGUUUGCUGCUUUUGCGGCAUUUACAGGGUUGCAUUCCAUUAAACCCUGUUUAAGCUGAAUAUAGACGAACGCUCAUGACGGACUGUCAGUAAUUUAGCAGACAUAUAUAUAAAUUUCAGCUUCACUUGAUUAAUUCAUAUGUCGAAGAUUGCAUAGCUCCGUCAUUUUGGAAAGCGAUCUGAUGAGUGAGACAAAAACCUUUGAUUUCGAAGAAUGUCUCGGAUACGGUUUAUAAUUCGGUUAAAAUUCGUUUUGCCAAAGACAAAGUGCUCCUAUUAUUUCUUUAUUUAUCUUGUACUAAGGAGUGUUCUUCAAAUAUUUACGAUCGGCUAUUUACAUGUAUAAAUAACUAAUUUUUAUUAUUUCGUUUUGACGCAACUUUGUUUAUGUUUGUGAUUGACGAAAUAAUUUGUUGUUGUACCUGUUAUCAUGUCCUAUUUUUUCGAUCACUAAACUGUGGUACGGUUCUCGUUGUCGAUUCGCUCUGAUUCCCCUUUAUCUGUCUAAAAUAAGCUUAACUUUUGGUACAUGAUUUACAGAUUUUAUAAGCAUUUUCGUGAAUGAUUUCACUGAGUUAAGUCUACCAGUACACAAAUUCAUUUCAUGAAAUUGAAUAAUUUAUUUUUUACAUGUUUAAGCCUCAGAUUCCUUGCGGGAGAGAUGCUCCUUCUGUUAUUUCAUUUAUGUGAUGCAUAAAACUAAAUUCACACUUUUUGAGCCUGAGUGAAACCUUAAUUGUGCUUGAAAUAUUUUGUAGGA